UUCAAUCGCCAUAUUGGGCAACUGUGUGAAAAGAGGCUCGUCUUCCUCCCCUUGUUUUUCUCCCCUGACUUUUUUUUUAAUUAUUAAAAAAAACACACACAAAAAAACUCCACUGCAAAGCUUUGACAUCGGACGAGGCUUUGCGAAAGCGCAGUUUGCAAAAGCAGGAUCCGCACGAGUAGCAUCGAUCUCCAUUUGGAUUUGCUAAAAAAGAACACCUAUAUAUCUGGAAAGCUGCGUCUGUUUAUAUUGCUUCCCUUAUCGCGAUUCUUCUCUUUCUCUCCCCCACCCCCACCUUGAGUACACUUGAUCCGCAAUAAGACAUCUUCUGCUUGAAUAUCAGGGUGUUUCUCCCCGUUUCCUUCCCCUCUUUUCCUCCCUCCCUCCCAAUCUCUGACUUACGCAAGGAUUCGGUGUUUUUAUUGUUGGUUUUAUGGGGAUUUUGUUUUGUUUUGUUUUGAAAUUUUUCUCUUAGUUGGGGGGUCGAGCUUAGGGACCUUAAAAAAACAACACCUCCUUUCCUUGCACAAGAUCGAGGGGAGGGAAAUUUAUAUCACUAUUUUUAAGGACGCCGAUUAAACCAUCGUGGACAGCAAAGAAGGCUGGGGCGGCUAAGGCGAUGUCCAACGUACGCAUUUCAAAUGGGAGCCCUACCCUGGAAAGGAUGGAAGCCAGGCAAGCGGACUACCCCAAACCUUCGGCUUGCAGGAACCUCUUUGGCCCGGUGGAUCACGAAGAGUUAGCUCGGGAGUUGCAAAAACACAGCCGGGACCUGGAAGAGGCCAGUCGAAGGAAGUGGAAUUUUGACUUCCACAACCACCAGCCCCUGGAAGGCAGGUACGAGUGGCAAGCCGUGGACAAGGAUGCCCUGCCCGAGUUCUACAGCAGGCCCCCCAGGCUAAGCAAAGCCCUGGCGAAGGCCAGCAGCCAGCAGCACCACUUCGGGGGCUUGGAUGUCAACGGCAACUGCCCGACGGCGGCGGGGUUUGGACGCUCUCAGGGAAUCUCGGAGGAGGAGGAGGAGGAGGAGGACACCGCCGCUCCAAAGACGGAGGCAGCUGGGGCUCAAGUGGAUUUAGCAGGCCAGAGCACUGGGCAAAGGAAACGACCUGCCUCCGAUGAUUCCUCUCCUAGAAACAAAAGAGCCAACACCACAGAAGAGGCUAUUUUAGAAGACUCUUCCAAUGCCAGCUCAGUGGAACAAACACCCAAGAAAUCCAGCCCAAGACGGAAUCAAACAUAAAUUGUUUAUUAGAAUUAAGAACAUUUGUUUCCUUGUUCUUUGGAGAGGAGUUUAUGAAGCAAGGAAGAAGCAGAGUUUAUAUAUGAAAGAAAACAUAUCGUUGAUUCUCCAUCGGAUGGAGAACUUGUACAAGCACUGAAACAAAACAAACCUGUAAUUGAAUAACACUAAAGUCAGGCAUUCUUAAAAGAUCUGCCUCUUAAAGCAUUGGAUGUAGCAUUUUGCAAUUAGGUUUUUCCUUAUUUGCUUCAUUGUACUACCUGUGUAUAUAGUUUUUACUUCAUGUAGCACAUAAACCUCUCUCCCUCUUUUUUUUUCCAUUUUGGGAAGGGGUGGGGGAUGGUGAAAGGUGAUGGGUUUAAAAUCUGCUUCCAAAAGCCAGCAAGCAGAGAUUUGUAUGAAGAGAUACAGUGUACAUUUAAUUAUUUCUUGAAGAUGUAUUGUCCCUUUUCAUGGUAUCUAAGACCAUUUGUAAACACAAAUUAUCAACACUGGCUAGAGCAGAUUAAUUGUAUCUGUUAGUGAAAUUUCUACUCAUUAAGGGUACAAUCCAGUGGGAAGAUCUCCUGGGCAAAGCCCCAUUAAAAUGAACAGGAAUUACACAAAAGUGCCUUCAUUUCAAUUGGGCUUUCACAGGGCCCACAGGACUCUGUCCUAAAUUUUAUAGUAGGAACUCUGCUUGCAUUAUGUAGCAGCAAAAAGGGUUUCUUCCCUGGCAGGACCCUUUAAAUGCCAUUUUCUAAUGUGUUUUGCCAUCUAUAUUACUUUAAAUUUCAAAAUUAUGUUAAAAGUCAUGCUUUAAACAGAAUGGAGGGGGAAAUUAAUAAAACCCUGAACUUCAGUCUCUCUUCAUCUCACUUAUCUGAUGUUCAUGGGUGGGUAAACUAAAAGGAAUACUACAUCUUUAAACAGUAUUUUUACAUUGCCUGUAUAUAUUUUUUAAAAAGUUAUGAAAUGUACCUGUGUACAUAACUUUGUAAAGACACUGAGAAAUUAUACUAACUUAUUUAUGUUAAAAGAUUUUUUUUUAAUCUAGAAGAUAUUUUCCCAUAAAGCCAAAGCGGCGUGUGUUUUUGUGCAUUUGUAAAUGCUCUAUUUGGUAGGGGUUUUGUUUAGCUUUUGUUUGGAGGGGGGAUUUGUUUUGUUAAUUAAUAUGGCUGUGCUUAAAUGAUUGCAGACUGAGCCAAGUUUAAUAUUGUUUUUGUAAUGUGUGAAAACAGUUGCCUAUUGAUAUUGUUUUACAUCAAGCAAUCAAUAAAGAAAACUGCCAUAUAUAAAAAUAUAUAUAAAUAUAUAUAUAUAUAAAAUGA